AUGUUUGAGGAUGAAUCUUCUAAAUGUUACCAGAAAAUGAAACCAUGCUUAGAAAAGGAAUAUGUUUUCCUUGUGAAGAUAAAUGAGAAAGAAGAAUCCAAUAGAAAAGCAAGAUGUAUAAUUGCGCAGGAGGUUCGAAAAGUAGAAGAAAUACAACCUCCUACUGUGGAAACUGAAGAAACUGGCAGAAACAAAGUUAUUGACGCCAGAAAACGACUAUUUGGACUCAAGAGUGAAAUGCUGAAGAAGAAAAUGAAAAUGGAACCAAAUCUUGAACCAUUCAAAGAUAUCCGCGUUUGUAUUGCUACAAAUACCAACCUUGAUCAACGGGUCUAUAAUACACCAACAUCCAAUGAAGUUGCUGCCAUAUGGAUUGAAGGGAAUAAUUCAAAUAUUCCAUUUGAAAGGGAGAUUGUGAUUCAUGAACACUCUGGUCAAAGACAUUAUGUGAAGCAUUAUUAUGGUUGCUAUGAUCCAUUGCAAUACCCGCUUUUAUUUCCGAAAGGUGUCACUAUGCCAAAACAAUCUCAUGUUUCAUGCAGAGAAUAUUAUAGCUACAAGUUACAAAUAAGAGAAUCAGAACCAUCUGUGUUUUUGCUUGUUGGAAGAUUGUUACAACAAUUUGUAGUAGACAUGUAUAUCAAACUUGAGACAACUAGACUUGAUUACUUUCGGAACAAACAAUCUGAAAUAAGAGCUGAAGUGUAUCAAGGAAUAAUGGAUAGUCUAACCACCGGUGAAACUCGAGGUGAUCAAGUUGGGCAAAGGGUUAUCUUACCCGCAUCUUUCAUUGGAGGACCAAGAGACAUGCGGCGUCGGUAUAUGGAUGCAAUGGCUUUGGUUCAGAGGUUUGGUAAACCAGAUAUUUUUAUUACGAUGACUUGUAAUCCAGAUUGGAAAGAAAUAAAAGACAAACUUCUAAUGGGACAAGUUGCUCAAGACAGACCUGAUUUGACAUCGUGUGUAUUCCAUUCAAAACUUGAAGACCUAAAAGAUCAACUAUUCAAAAAGAAUGUCUUUGGAAGAGUUGGAGCGCAUGUGUACGUGAUUGAAUUUCAAAAAAGAGGGCUUCCACAUGCUCAUAUCUUGGUUAUAUUGAAAGAAGAUUGCAAAAUCUUAACUCCUGACCAGUUCAAUAAAUAUAUUUCAGCAGAAAUCCCAGAUGUGUCUACUCAUCCAAGACUUCAUGAAAUGGUUGUCAAACAUAUGACGCAUGGUCCCUGUGGAAAACACCGCAUGGACAGCCCUUGCAUGGUUAAUCAAGAAUGUAGACAUCAUUAUCCACGACCUUUUUCCUCUAAGACAAUAGUUGGUAAAGAUUCAUAUCCAAUUUACAUGAGGAGGAAUAAUGGUUCAGAAAGAUCAUCAAAAACUAUGCUCACUGAAUUCUUCACAAAAGGCACAACAACUGAAAAUGCAAGGCAAUUUCUAUACGUCGAAUUUCCUGAACACUACGUGUGGAAUAACCAAGCAAAGAUUUGGUCUGAUCGGAAGCACAAACUUGUCAUUGGUCGUAUAAACGCUGCAAACCCAAAAGAAGGAGAGAGAUAUUAUUUAUGUCUAUUGUUAAAUCAUGUGAGUGACCUUACUUCAUGUGAAUAUCUUUUAACAGUUGAUGGUAUUGCAUCUAAGUCCUUCAAGGAAGCUGCACAAAAAAGAGGAUUACUAGAAGCUGAUGAUAGUAUUUCCGAUUGUUUAGUUGAGGCCACUACCUUCCAAAUGCCUUAUGCACUACGAAGAUUAUUUGCCAUUAUUUUAGUUUAUUUCCAACCAUCAAAUGUAAGAAAAUUAUGGAACGAUCAUUUUAAAGCGAUGGCAGAAGAUUUCAAGGGAGGAGUAGAUGAAUACAUGCUACCAGCUCGUGUUGCAUGGACAUUAAAAAGCAUUAGUCUAUUCCUUGAGAGUAUGGGUAAACAUAUUGCAGAUUAUGAUCUACCAUUACUGAUACAUGAUGAUGUUAAACAUAUUGCAGAUUAUGAUCUACCAUUACUGAUACAUGAUGAUGUUGACCAAUGUCAAACUUUACCGAUAGAAAUUAUUGAUGAAAGGGAGAUAGACAUUCCAUUUGAAGAUUUUUAUGCUCAAUCAAAGUUAAACCCGAGGCAAAAACAAGCCUUCGAUAUCAUAUUAGAUAGAGUCAACAAAAAAAAAUCUGGAAUAUUUUUUGUGGAUGGUCCAGGAGGAACAGCAAUAAUGCCAGGAGGGCGAACUGCACAUUCGCGAUUCAAAAUUCCAAUUACUGCUAAUGAAACUACAAUGUGCAAUAUAUCAAAGCAGGAUGGAACAUCAAAAUUGAUACGAUUGGCAUCACUUAUAAUAUGGGAUGAAGCACCUAUGGCAAAAAGAUUUGCGAUUGAGACGGUUGACAGAACAUUGAGGGAUGUAAUGGGUGACAAAAGAAUUUUUGGUGGAAAAGUAGUCGUGUUUGGAGGUGAUUUUCGUCAAGUUCUACCAAUUGUUCCACGGGGCACUAGAGCAGAAACAGUCAAUGCAAGUCUUGUGAAAUCAUAUCUGUGGGAAAAAUGGAGAAAUUAUCUCUCACUAUUAAUAUGA